AUGGUAAAAAAGUUGACCAUUUUGUUGGCACCGCUCGAAGCGGUCGGUUCAGUAAAUCCAUGUAUAGGUUUGGCUGAAGUACUGCUGAGUCGCGGACACCGUAUUGUCUUCGCUGUUAACCAAUCAUUUGCGGGAAAGUUAUCGCCGUUUGGUUUCAUCGAAGAGAUACUCAAUGACGAGACGGGAAAACUUCCCGCAGAAAACUCGGCCAAAAGUCUACUCGCGUCGGGACUUUUGGAGGACUUAACGCCCGAAGAGUCGAUGAAAAUGAUGUGCAAAACACCGAUAUUUGCCGAUUUGAUCGACAAAAUGAGAGCCAUUGAACCUAAACUAAAGGCAAUUAUAGCCAAAUAUAAUCCCGAUGUGUAUAUCAUUAGUGACUUCGCCGCCUCUCCGACAAUAAUUCAUUCAAACAAACCCUGGAUUCGCAUCAGUGCCUCUCAACCCCUGUCUGGUAUAAAGGAUGAUAGGACACCACCGGGGUGGUCUGCAAAUGUGGAUCUAAUGAAGAGAUUGGUGUCUAUUCUCAGCAUAAGUCAGCACAAGAUUAUUGUCUCGAAGGGAGUUCUCGGAGACACAUAUGAAUUGGCGGACAAUAUGUGGGGCGAAAAGUCUGUUCCGCAGACAAAAGUGUUGCCACUAGUAGAUGUGGUCAUAACUCACGGCGGGAACAACUCUGUGACCGAAACAUUCAGUUGUGGUAAACCAAUGAUUGUAAUGCCAUUAUUUGGUGAUCAAUACGAUAACGCACAGAGAGUUAUGGAAAAGGGAUUUGGGAUUAGACUUAAUCCGCACACCGUUUCAGAGCAGGAAUUAUUGGAUUCAAUCGAAAAACUAUUGAAUGACAAGGAAUUGAAACACAAAUUAUCCGUCGCUUCAAAACGCAUACAAAAUUCAGACAGCAUUCAAAAAGCGGCCGAAAUAAUAGAAAAUCUUGUUUAA